AGUAUAAAGUUCAGAACAGACUCUGAGUGGUCAGAGCUGUUUCCUUAUUUGUGCGUCUACGUGUGGCGAGCGGAACUAUUCUGGUAACUAUAGCGGGAACCUUUCUCGUUUACUUGACUUCAUGCACUGUCAGUGACGUAAUACCAGGAUAUUAGAAGAAUACCACGUAGCACCACGACCACUUUCACCGUAUACGGAUCACCAUGUUCAGGUACCUGUGCACCGCUGUGCUGGCAGCUUUGCUGAUCGCAGGCACCGUGGCAGACACACCUGCUAACUGCCUCUACAGCGAUAUCCAAGGAAGCUGGACGUUUUAUGAGGGCGAGAGAAAUCUCGACAACACAGCGACCUGUGACACAGUCGAUCCUGUGAGGGAAGUGAAGAUCACCCUCUCGUACCCGGACGUCGCCACCGACCAGUACGGCAACGUGGGCACGUGGACGCUCAUCUAUAACCAGGGGUUCGACGUGACGGUCAACGGCAGGACGUACUUCGCCUUCUCUUACUACACGUCGGACAACGGCACGGUGACCAGCUGGUGCGACCGCACCUUCCCUGGCUGGUCGCAUGACGUCACCGUCCGUCACUGGGCCUGUUACUAUGCCGUCAAGGACACACCAGUCACCAGGAAGGUCCACGUGGAUCCAUUCUCAGUCACCAGCUACCGCGACUUGAUGCAAAUGAAAUUCACAAGAGAUCGCCAGGAACUGCUCGUCAACGAGAUAAACAGGGCGCAGACAAUGUGGAAAGCCAAAGUGUAUGAACAAUUUGAGGACAAAACGUUUGAGGAACUAAUACAAAUGUCUGGAGGGAGGAGGACUUGGGUACCGCAGAGAGCCACGGCCGCACCGGUGACAUCAUCGCAGAAGCAGCGCGUCUCCUACCUGCCUAAGCAGUGGGACUGGAGGAACGUCGAUGGCGUCAACUACGUGUCGCCCGUCAGGAACCAGGAGCAAUGUGGAAGCUGCUUCGCCUUCUCCGCCCUCGCUGUCCUGGAGUCUCGCAUUCGUAUCCAGACGAACAACACCCAGCAGCCCGUAUUUUCAGUGCAGGAUGUCCUCGGUUGCAGCCCCCUCGACCAGGGCUGUUCUGGGGGAUUCCCCUACCUCAUUGGCGGCAGAUAUGGAAAGGACUAUGGGCUAGUGGAAGAGGCGUGCAACCCAUACCAGGGUGUCGACAGUGAUUGUUCGACCGACACCUCUUGCGAUCGCCAUUACACUGCUGAGUACAGCUACGUUGGAGGCUACUACGGCGCUACGAACGAAGUGACGCUGCAAGAGGCGCUGGUGCAGCGAGGACCGGUGGCCGUCGCCUUCAUGGUGUACGACGACUUCCGCUCGUACACCAGCGGCAUCUACAGACACAUCGAGACACGGGUCGACUUCGACCCAAAGGUGCCGUCCAGCCACGCGGUGCUGCUGGUGGGUUACGGCGUGGACGCCGCCUCCGGCGAGAAGUACUGGAUCGUGAAGAACAGCUGGGGCGAGGACUGGGGCGACGCCGGCUACUUCAAGAUCCUGCGCGGAGUCAACGAGUGCGGCAUCGAGGCCGAAGGAGUCGAGGCCACUCCCAUACCUCUGUGAAAACUCCAGCCUCCUACCUGCUUCCACCAGCUGUCUACAUAACACCAACUGCUUCUUGUAAUAAAACAUUACGUAACACGCCCUUUA